AUGACGCGUGUGCUCCUAACCGGUGGCUCUGGUUUCAUCGCAGCACAUGUGUUGCACCUUCUCAUCCAGCGAGGGUAUAGUGUGGUGACGACGGUGCGCUCUCCAGCCAAAGCCGAGCAGAUCAGAGCUGCAUACCCAAGCGUCGGUACAGAUCGACUGGAUUUUACAAUUGUGGAAGACAUUGCCCAAGACGACGCUUUUGACGAUGCCCUCACUUCUACUCCGCCAUUCGAAGCGGUCAUUCAUACGGCAAGUCCAUUCCAUUUCAACGUCACGGAUGUUCAGCGAGACCUCCUCGAUCCUGCCAUCAUAGGUACGACGGGUCUUUUGAGGUCGAUCGUCAGGAAGGCCCCCACGGUUAAACAAGUCGUGAUCACUUCCUCUUUCGCCUCGAUCGUGAAUCCUUUUAAAGGAUCAUGGCCCGAGUACACGUAUACCGAAGAAGACUGGAAUCCGGUCACUUUGCAACAGGCGUUGGAAAGCAUCGCUAAUGGCUACCGGGCCAGUAAAACGUUUGCUGAGAGAGCAGCGUGGGAGUUUUUGCAGCAACAAGACCCGCCUCCGUUCUCUCUCACCACCUUUUGUCCACCGAUGGUAUUGGGACCCGUGAUAAGCCACCUCGGCAGCCUGGACAAUCUUAACACUAGCAACCAAAUCAUCCGUGAUCUGAUUCUGGGUAAACACAAGCGCACGAAGAUUCCCGAAAACGCCACCUUCACAUGGGUGGACGUGCGUGAUCUCGCCCUCUGCCACGUUCUGGCACUGGAGAAGCCUGGAGCGGCAGACCAACGGUUCCUGGUCGCUGCCGGCUACUUUUGCAACAGGGAGCUUGUGGAUAUCAUUAGAAAGAAACAUGAUCAACUCCGGGACCAGCUACCCACCGAGAAUAGUCCCGGUGGUAGGUAUCCGGAGGCCGGGCUGUACAAGGUCGACAGCAGUAAAGUGAGAAAGACGCUGGGCGUUACAUGGAGGAAUCUGGCCGACACCGUCACGGACACGGUGAACUCGCUACAAAAGUAUCUACAAUGA